AUGCAACAUUGGAUAGCUGCAAAGAAAGUAUUACGGUAUAUACAAAGAACAAAGGACUUCAGACUAAUAUACAGAAGAUCUGAUCAAUUGGAGUUGAUUAGAUACUCAGGCAUAGAUUUUGCUGGCUGUGUUGACACUAAGAAGCCCACCUCAGGAUACAUCUUCAUGAUGGUUGGAGGAGUUGUGUCUUGGAAAAGCAUGAAACAGUCUACCAUAGCCUUGUCUACCAUGGAAGCUGAAUUCAUUGCCUUUCACGAGGCAUCUAAUCAGGCAUUAUGGUUACAGAGUUUAUUCUUAGGGUUGCGGGUACUGGAGCAUGUCCUGAAACCACGAAGAAUAUUUUGCAAUAAUUCAGCUGCUAUUUCCUUCUCUAGUAACAACAAGAAUUCAUCAAGAUCGAAGCAUAUCGACAUUAAAUAUCUUAUUGUAAAGGACAAAGUUCAGAAUCAUCACGUGUACGUGGAAUUCAUCAGCACUAAGCAGAUGAUUGCAGAUCCACUCACUAAAGGGCUCCUUAUCAUGCCAUUUUAG